AUGGCAACUGAGACUAUCCUGCUGACUGGCGGCUCCGGCUUCAUCGCCGCCCACAUCCUCGAGCAGCUGCUCGCCAAGGGCCACACCGUCAUCACCACCGUGCGCACGCAGGCCAAGGCCGACACCCUCGCGGCCGCCUACCCGGACCUCGUCUCCGCCGGGCGCCUCGCCGUCGAGCCCGUCGGCGACAUCGCCGUGCCCACCGCCUUCGACGCCGUGCUUGCCGCCCACGGCCCGCGCCUCUCCGCCGUCCUGCACACCGCCUCGCCCUUCCACUACGACUUCACCGACCCGCAGGCCGCCCUCCUCGACCCGGCCGUCAACGGCACCCUCGGCAUCCUGCGUGCCAUCCGCGCCCACGCCCCGCGCGUCCGCCGCGUCGUUGUUACCUCCUCCUUCGCCGCCAUCCUCGACGCCCGCAAGGCCCGCGACCACGCCACCGUCUACACCGAGGCCUCCUGGAACCCCAACACCGCGGACGAUGUCGUCGCCUCGGGCGGCGACAAGAUGACCGCGUACCGCGUGUCCAAGACGCUGGCGGAGCGCGCCGCGUGGGAUUUCGUGGCCAAGGAGAAGCCGGGGUUCGACUUGGCGACGGUGACCCCGCCGCUGGUGUUUGGGCCGGUGGCGCACCACCUCAAGUCGGCCGACGCGAUCAACACCUCCAACGCGCGCGUGGUGGCGCUGCUCCGCGGCGACUGGGAGCGCGACGGCAUCCCGGACACGGGCACGAUGGUGCUCUGGGUGGACGUGCGCGACGUCGCGGCCGCGCACGUCCGCGCGCUGGAGCUGCCCGAGGCGGGCGGUCGCCGGCUGUUCGUGGUCGGCGGGCGCUUCGACAACAGGCAGGUGGCGGACGUCGUGUACCGCAACUUCGAGGACCGCAGAGACGCGGUGCCGGGCCCGGAGGUCAAGGGCGGCGAGGCCCCGCCGGAGGGGGAGCUCUUCCGCAUCGACAACUCGGCGACCGACAAGCUGCUCGGCAUCAAGUGGACGUCGCUGGAGAAGAGCAUCACCGACCUGGUAGGCUCGCUGAAGGGGCUGAAGAUUUAA